AUGGACAACAAGAGUGAAAUUAUAAACAGGUUACGUAGGUCAUUUCAAUCUGGAAUCACGAUAUCGGAAGAGUUUCGUCGUGAGCAGCUUUCUAACCUAAGGUCGAUGAUCCAAGAGAAUGAGGAAAAGAUUUUGGAAGCAUUGAACAAGGAUCUCUGCAAGCCCAAAUUUGAGGCCAUUCUAGCCGAAGUUGAUUUGGUGAUCAAUGAGCUAUCGUAUGCCAUCGAUAACCUUCAAAGCUGGAUGCAGCCAGAGUAUGUCAGUAAGACUCUUGCCACAUCAUUUGAUGACUGUUUUGUGCGAAGAGAACCAUUAGGUGUGGUGCUUAUAAUUGGAACAUGGAAUUACCCCCUGCUACUUCUUAUCACACCAAUGGUUGGAGCCAUUGCAGCAGGAAACUGCGUGGUCAUCAAGCCCUCUGAGGUCAGUGCUGCUGUUGAUCUGUUGAUAGCGGAGCUCAUCCCCAAGUACCUGUCGCAGGACUGUUAUGCAGUUGUUAGUGGAGGAGAAGACGACAGCAAAGCACUUCUGCAGAAUCGCUUUGACCACAUCCUCUACACAGGUUCACAGGACGUGGCCCGCAGUAUAUUGCAGGCAGCCUCAGUGCACUUGACACCAGUGACAUUGGAGCUGGGUGGCAAGUGCCCAUGCCUCAUUUACGGAACAGUGGCUAUUGAAAUUGCUGCACGACGCUUAGUAUGGGCCAAGUUUUUCAAUGCAGGACAGAGCUGUGUUGCACCAGACUAUGUACUCUGCUCCAAAGAGACACGUGAUGCUCUGUUUCCUGCCUUGUGUGCCACACUGAAGGAAUUCUAUGGCAAGGACCCUCAGGCGUCACCAGAUUUGUGUCGGAUUGUAUCACAGCGACACUGGGUUCGUCUGACAGAACUUCUGAAGAAGACCAACGGCACAAUCAUAGUGGGAGGAGAAAGUGACCCUAAGGAGAAAUACAUUGCUCCCACAGUGGUGGAUGUUGCUGAAGAUGAUAUACUCAUGAAGAAGGAGAUCUUUGGCCCAAUUCUUCCUAUUGUGACAGUUGAGUCUCUGGAGAAAGCCAUUGACUUCGUCAAUAACAAAGAGAAGCCGUUGGCGCUCUACGUUUUUUCGAACGAAAGCUCUGUAGUAGACACAGUGAUGAAGAAAACGUCAAGUGGAGGAUUCUGCUCAAAUGAUGGGAUGAUCCAUAUGACGUUGCCAGGACUACCAUUUGGAGGUGUAGGAUCAAGUGGCUGGGGCUCUUACCAUGGUCGCUGGGGCUUUGAAACCUUCAGCCAUCGGCGGGGCUGCAUGCUGCGUGGUUGGGGUUUAGAGAAAUUGAACGGCCUACGCUACCCUCCCUACGGAGAUACUCGACUGAGCUGGCUGCGCUGGAGCGCUACAACCAAAAUGUGUUUACUUAUGUGA